GUUCGAUCGUCCACAUGUCGACGCACCCGAGCGCGCGAUCGAGACGGCAACCUGCAGCCUCAGACGGCGCCGAUGCAGAUCAAGCCGAACUGAUGCGUCUACAGCACGAGUUUGAAUCCAGCGGUGCGCGCCCAGCUGCAGCCAGCUUGAGGCGAGCGGCGCCACCUGUCGCUGUUGCUGCGUCGUCGUCGUCGUUGGUCUCUACUUCGACGACUUCUACUCCUUCUACUCCUUCGACUGCUGCUGCUGCUGCUGCACGACCGAGCGCACCAGCUCCUGCGCGCGAUGUCAUCCAACUCACUGGCGCGGCGCUGGCUGCUGCUGGAGACGCAAGCGUGGCCCACUCGAGCGGUGCGAACGUAGUCGCUUCCUCCUCAUCUGCUUCCACCGCUGGCACGACCAAGAAGCCCUCCAAGUUUGCACUCCAACGCAUCGAGGAACAACAACGCGCAGCACAAGCUCAGCUGAGCAGAGCCGCACCCGCCGUUCGGUCGUCGGAUGUCAUGAUGGAUGGCAUGGAAGAAAGCGUUCCGACUGGCAGAAUCGCUCUAGACAUGUUUGAAGAAAUGGAUCGCCAAGACACCAGCAUGUCUGCUUUGCUGAGCCGCGUUGUGGAAAAGGAGCGCGUCGUGUUUACACCUCGUGUGGCCAGCGUGCCAUUGGAGCGUGGCUUCCCAGCUGCUCAGUCAGUGGACUGGCGAGCCUUGCAAGCGUCGGAACAGCCAGACUCGACGUCAGGUCUCAACUUCACGCAGCUCAAGCAGCCAGAAGGCCCAAAGUCAAAGCGCAGCAUCUUUAGCCAGAUGUUUGAUGCGCAGCGCGAGGUGGACAAGCAGCGAGCCAUCGACGCCGCGCAAGCCCAAUUGGGUAGCGCCGAUCGUCCGCCGGCGUCCAAGAUUCCAGCAGCGACAUUGCCGCAAGUCGAGCAGGCUGCAAGCAGUAAACCUCUCAUUGUUGAGCGCGACAUUAUCAAGUUGAGUGACAAACUCGUCAUCAAGCCGCUCGUUGUUCCAGACACGGCUGCAGGGCCCGCCAAGAACUCUGAGGUGGACUUUCUUGCGCCUCUGCCAACAUCUGAGCGCGAUCAGAUUGCUACUGAGAACGACAACCGACUUUCGUCGAUGAGCAAAGCUGAAAUUCUUGAAGCCCAAGAAGAGAUUCGCCGCCUGCUUGGUCCAGACGCGAUUCGGUUGCUCACCACGGGCAAGCGCCAACAACAGCCCAACUCGUCGGGCAGUGUGCCGAUUCCGAAUGCUGCCAGUGAUCCCUCCAACUCAGCAUCCUCGUCUUCUGUGGGUGCUGCGUCGGUUGCAUCGCUCCCCGCUCAAGUAGAGGCUGCCGCGCCAGCCAACGACACUCUGCUGCCGAGCGAUCCGGACGCAGCCGAAGCCAAGCGUGCCCUCGACACCCUGCUUGAUGCCAACCAUCGCAGCAACAAGGAGUGGGUGAACAUGGAUGUGGUUGAACAGGACAAAUUGGCCUGGAUUGUCACGCCUGCCGACAAGCCAAUGGCGGCUUUUCCGCAGCAGCACGCUCCCAGCCAAUCCGCCGAGACCAGCCCUGAUGCAGCAACCUCCUCGUCUUCCAACACCACUGGCAUGCUCAACAUUACUCAGCGCGCGGACGGGACACUGGAUGUCCAGACCCCUCGCGAUCAAGCACAGCAAGAGGCAGCCGGUGCAAAUGCUCCCGGGACCAAAGUUCGCUUUGACUUUCAAGGCGCGGUUGUGCCGCUUGGCGCAGACAUCCCGGCCGACCGCGCGCUGCACCAUCACGGAGACGAGCCGGACGCUGCAGGAUACACCAUUGGCGAGCUGCUGAUUCUCGCUCGGUCGGCUUUGCCGGCACAAAACGUGCUGGCGCUCAACCUGCUCGCCAACAUUGCCGGCAACGCUUGGCUCGGCCAAUUCGCCAAUUCAAUCCACGCGUCCGUAUUGGAGACGCUCGUUGAUGGCAUUUCCCUGCCGCUUGUGCUUCGGCAUGCGCUUGACAGCACCCACUCGAGCGUGAUGGCGGCGGCCAUUCGCUGUCUCGCCAGCCUUUCAUGCCCGGGUCUACAUGCGUCCGACACGAGGCGCCGGACCCUGGCGGCGGCCGAUGCUGCUGCCUCCUCGCGUUCAGCAAGCUCGCAGCCUCUCCAGCCGUCUCGUCGCCAGCAGCAGCUCGAUACUGAAUUUGUCGCUUCGCGAAGCGUCAGCGCGCCGGAAGAGCGAUAUUUGGACGACAACUUUUUGUUUGCGUACCGAGGCUACGAGCUGCCCUCGUUCCGGCCGACCGUGCAGCUCGCCACGGCUGCGCAGGAACAGCAGCAGCAGGAACGCAAGCAGCAGUCCUUCGACAUGAAUGACGACAAUGAUGCGCCGCAACUAACAGACGAGCAAAAGGCCAAGCACGAUAUUGUCAUUGGCUUUCUUGAUAUGCAGCUCCUUGAUCGCCUGCGUUACAUUCUCGAAGUGUGCCAACUUCCCGGUGUGGCGGACGACGUUUUGCGCAUUCUCAUUCGCAUUGCCCGUCAUUCGUUCCAAGGUGCCUCCCACAUUGUAAACACACCUCGCUUGAUCACGUAUAUUCGCGACGCCUUCCUUGCCACUCAACUGCCGGCGGUUGCUGGCGCAUCGCCUCAAAGCGCUGCCGACGUGUACGCCAAGCCGCGUGCUCUUGCCAUCAAAUUGAUGCGUGUCAUCACCCAAGUCGACCGCUCGCUUGCCACCACGUUGAUUUCCAACAGCGUACCCCAAGCCGUCAUGCCUUUCCUCCUUCAAGGCCCAGUGGAUGCCCUGGGCGAGCUGGAACCUGCCGCCGGCCUGGACCAUCUCGUCGAGCUCGCUCGUGCCGAUUCGAUGUCUGCCGAGGAUGUGGAUGCUCGGUUUGCCUUGGCCAUCGAAACGCUCAACCUUUGGCGCGCAUUGGCGCUGUAUGGCCUGUACUGUGAUCCUUGGAAGACCUUGUUUGGAUCCAUGAUGGAGCAGUUCUUGGCUGUUGCGCGACUGGAUUGGAGCACACUCUUGUCGGCGACGCUGCUGGACCUUCCACGCGGGCAAGCUAUUGCUGCCAACUUGUUGGACUGGACGGUUGCCUUUGUCAACCUUGCGGCUGCGCUGACCAUCGUGGCCGCCGAUCCCCAGCAGGCCGUGCCCACGCACGCGGUGCACUGGUCGCACGCGGCAGAUCUGCACGAGCCGAUUGCGCUGUUGCUCGCAAACUGCUCUCUUGUCGUGUCUCACGCCCGCGAUCAGCAAUUGCAAGACCGUGCGAUGUUUGUGCUGUCGGUGCAGUCUCGCAUCACAUCUGCGUGCUUUCGGUUUUUCAGCGUCUACACGAGCGGCGCUCGUCAGCAAGUGCCAGCUCAAGAUGCGGUGCAAGUUCGCGUUGGAGCGUGUGUUCGGACGGUGCUGCUUCCCCGUGUGCUGAGCUUGUUGCCCCAAACGUUGAGUCGGCUGCCCAUCGCGGCAGCAGAGCGUCUGGGUUCGGAAGAUGCAAACUUGACAGCCGCGCUUUCGGCCAUCUUCGAGGCAUCUUCAUCUCUUGCCGCGUUGCCGUCGCUGCCCAUUCGGCAGCGCUUUUCACACUUUGACGACGCGCUUGAGCUCGCGCUCUCGUUGCUGCGGUUUGUGAAUGCGUUGCUGGUCAGCGAUCCCGCCUUCGCUGCUGCUGUAUUGCCGGCAGUCGUCUCGCCUUUCGCGGACGCCUACAUUGCGGCGUACACUCAACAAAAUCCAGUCAGCUCCGUCAAGCAGCAGCAGGAGGCGGAGGCAGCGAUCGUCUCGGGCCAGCCAGCCACCUCGACCGGCACCGCCAGCUUUGCAGGGUAUGUGGGUCGGCGGCAAGGCUAUGUGGCGUUUGAGCUCCUCGAGGCUCUUCGUCUUGCGUGGGACGGCGUGCUCGCCUCUGGACUCGAGGAGGACUCGCAGCAGGCGACGGAGGCCCUUUCUGCUCGAGUCAAGCAACAGCGACUUGGACUGUGCAUUUUCGAGCGCUUGCAUUCGGGCGACGAGUAUCUCGCCAAGCACCUGCUUGUGCAUGUAUUAACGCGACCGGUCACACGCGACUUUGCAUCCACCGAGGAUGCGCAUGCCGUGUUUUUCGAGAAAGUCGCAACUGCACCCACCGACCUCGUCGCACUGGGGUGGAAGGCUGAGAAUCUGCUGCGGCAACCUCGCGGUGCUGAAGUGUUGCGAGGCGCCUAUCUACACUUGCUGGCUCCGACCGCGACCAUUUCUCACGCUGAAGCGCGUCAUUCGCACCUGCCCUUGCGGCUCGGCUCGUUCGUUCUCCCUUCUGGCAAGCAGUUUCCACCGCCCGCGGACUGGAUGUAUGGCCCGAUCGCCAAAUUCCAGAGCGACGCAACAAAGCUGCUUGCGAGCGUGGGACCAUUGUUUGAGCUGCGCAAGAAGGACAACAGGGCGUUCUUUGGCGACCAGAAUGUUGACCAUGUGACUGCCAUUCAGGCUGAGACGCUGCAGUUUGUUGCCUACUUUGAGCUUUUGCACGGUGCUCACACCACGGCUUGUGCCGUUGCCCUUGGAGUCAAGGUUGCUCGAAUGAUGCUCGUUUUUCUCACGCAAGGCGACGGCUGGCGCGACGACCAAGUGCAAGCGUGCCUGCGCACCCUGCUCGCCAAUGUCGUGUCUCACAGUCAGUUGGCGGGCGCUCCGACGAGCCUCAUCACGGAGCGUGCACCAGCGUGGACUGCGCCUUCCGGGGACGCUUUGCCGAGCAGCAGCGCUCUCUUUGCAACGCUGCUUCCGCCGCCGCCGCCUCCCGCAACAAAGCCCGCGACUCUGCAACGCCGACGCCCCCUUCACUUGACGGAUAUGACUGUGCCUCGCUUCGAUGCCAUGUAUCGUGAGUUUGUCCAGCGCUUCCUCGGCGUGUCCUUCAGCGACCCCGUUUUUGGGUCGUUUGUUCUUUUGUGUCAGAUUCCAAGCGUGUCCCCAGGGACUGCAGCUGCUCGGCGCAUGCUGUGGACGGAGCAUUCGGAUGCUUUGCGCAUGCUCUUGGUUGAUCCUGUGCGCGAUCUGCCCUUCCAUCCCGCGCACCUGCUCGACCCGCUGGAACUGGACGUGCCGCUCUUGGAGGCCAUGGCGCGCGCUCUACUCGCUGGCCAGGCGCAGCGUGCCUGGUCUUCUGUGCUCUAUGGCGUGGCGCUGCACCACGUCGUUGCGUUCGCGUUUGAGCACGGCGUCUGGGCGCUCCCCCUGUCCAGCAACGUCAGUGCGGAUGCGAAUACGGACAGCGCUGAUGUGGGAUUGUUGCAACCCGCAGAAAACCCGGCAGAAAGCGGGGAUGUACUCGUUGCCAAAUUGGCUGCGUCCCGGCAAUCCAUUCUAACGGCCAUCCUCGCAUGCCAGCUCCACGAGCCCGUUCGUGACCUGCUCACCUAUCAACCGCUGCUCCGCUUUGCCGCCAAACCUGACGCUUCUCGUCUUGCCAUCCUGCGCAAACUCGCCGGAGAUGCGAAAAUCGACUCGAUUCCGAACUCUCUCGUUCGUGAGUGGCUGGGCUCGUCCAUGCAGUGACUGCGUGAUGUUUGAUGAACGGAUGUUUGCAUAGUUUUUUUUGCAAACUUUUUUUGGUAUCUUUUUGCACAACAAGACAACAAUAACAACAAAAUGGAUACUCAUUUAACGAGUCACCCCUUUGCGGUUCAAGUAGAGCGGAUCGGACGAAUUGGUUGUCAAGUGCAUGAUAUCAAGCAGCUGGUUGAUAAACGUCAUAAUCCACUCAAUG